AGUACAGUGUAAGAAGAGAAAGAGAUAGAGAAGAUAACAGAGACCCAGAAAGAGAAACAGAGAAGAAAGAGAGAUAAUAAAGACUAAACUCUAAAGAGAGAAAUGCAAGGAGGAGGGAAUAGGAAGAUGAGCCCGAAAAAGGGAGAAAAGGAGCCUUUUCAUGUCAUCCACAAGGUUCCUUCGGGCGAUAGUCCUUACGUUCGAGCUAAGUAUGUUCAGCUGGUUCUGAAGGACCCAGAAGCGGCUAUAGUUUUGUUCUGGAAGGCAAUUAACGCAGGAGAUAGAGUAGAUAGUGCUCUCAAGGACAUGGCUGUGGUGAUGAAGCAGCAAGACAGAGCUGAAGAAGCAAUUGAAGCAAUUAAAUCCUUUAGGGAUUGUUGCUCCAAACAAGCCCAAGAAUCACUAGAUAAUGUCCUCAUCGACUUAUACAAGAAAUGUGGAAGAAUAGAUGAGCAGAUUGAGCUUUUAAAGCAGAAGCUCAGACUGAUAUACCAAGGUGAGGCCUUUAAUGGCAAACCCACCAAGACAGCCCGCUCCCAUGGGAAGAAGUUCCAGGUUUCCAUCAAGCAAGAGACUUCCAGGAUACUGGGUAAUCUGGGUUGGGCCUAUAUGCAACAAAUGAACUAUGUAGCAGCCGAGGUGGUAUACAGAAAAGCACAGUGGAUAGACUCAGACGCAAACAAGGCCUGCAAUUUGGGGCUAUGCUUAAUCAAGCAGGCGAGAUAUGAUGAAGCUCGGACUGUUCUUGAAGAUGUCCUGCAAGCUAGAAUUAUGGGUUCAGAUGACUCAAAAUCGAGAAAUCGUGCAGAGGAAUUGAUGAAUGAGUUGGAGUCGCUAGAGUCAAAUGAGUUGUUAUCGACUCAAUUGGGUCAUCAGAAUCUAGAAGAAGUCUUUGUGGAGGGGCUUGAUCAGCUUUUGAGCAAAUGGACUCCUUUAAGAUCCAAGAGACUGCCCAUCUUUGAAGAGAUUUCUCAAUUUAGGGAUCAGGUAGCAUGUUGAGUCAGAAAUUUUUUGUAUUAUUUUUUUAAAAAGAAAAUUUUCAGCAUGUGGGUGUCUAGUAGAUUGC